AUGCCGAGAGACGGUUGCAAAGAAUGUUCGCGGCGUCGCAUCAAAUGCGACAAAGGCGCACCCGAAUGUGCGAAAUGCCUAAAGAAAGGCAUACAAUGUACAGGCGUUGGUCGUCAAAUCAGGUUUGUUGAAGGUGCAAUCUCGAAGGGAAAGCGCAAAGGGCAUCCGAUCUCCGCUGUCAGAAAUAUUGCGACAAAUUUGAGCCGGCACAUACACGACGCCACCGUGUCCACACCGAAACUAGAGACACUUUCAGGACCACUUCACCAAGACACCGAUGUGAGAUCGCCAAUCGAAAAUGUUGGGGGUUCUGAAGUUCUCGAUGCCGAAAAUGAUGUAGAAGAAAUCGAAACGGUCGUUCACCAGAGACUGAAUUAUGCACUGACCUGCACAUCAUCGGACUGUACUACCACAUCGUUCCAUCUCGACCCAGGAGCUGAUCUGAUUUUGGAGCUGCUGAAGCCUGGUAUUCAGAUGCUAUUCGACCACUUUUCCUCGAGCAUUGCAUCAAUCAUGGUCGUCUUUGACGAUGAUUUCAACGGCUAUCGCAACUUCUUACUUCCACUGGCCUAUCAAGACGAUCUCGUACAGCGAGCUGUGUCUGUCGUGGCUGCCUUCCACUUGUCAGCGAAGAAACCUGAUCUUCUGCCCCUUGCAGAAACCGGACGUUCUGAGAUUAUAAAGAGGCUACGUGCGGAUGCUUUUGCUGGAGAAAGCAACGAGGUUUUUAGCAUGUCUACUUGGGCUACCAUCAUUCUGUUAUUGGUGGGAGAGACCGUCACCGGAUCUCAAGACUUUAUUCACCUAUACCGCAUGCUCACCAAUCUCUUAAGUCAUACUGACCUCACAGGAGCAGAGCCAUCGCCUGAACAAGGAUUCUUGCUCCAGCAAUCACGCAUGUUCCAGUUAUUCACGCCACCUUUACUUGACCUUACUCAAGGCCGCCAAACAUUCGAGAAAGACCUGAACUUUUACUUCGAUUUCAUAUUUUCCCAAACAUAUUCAGACAACCCGAGUAUUGCUCGAAGCACGACCAUCUUUCGGGAAUCCAUCAGGCGAGCGCGGAACAUCUACUUGCGACAGGCUCUGGGCAAUUAUCAGCCCAGGCAGCUGUAUGAGGACAUUGAACAAUUACGGCUCCUGGUAUCUCCUAUCCACUCUGACAGCCCUUGCAUGCAUACAUUACCUUGGGUCUACUUCAUCGCUGCUGCAUCCAGCAUUGAUCAAGGUCAUAGGCAUUUCUUUGCGGACAGGCUUAGAGAAGUUCAUGGGAAAACACGGAUGAACAAUAUCAUCGUGGCCCUGGAGCGACUGGAACAAAUUUGGCUGUUACAACCAAACGGCGAAUGGGCACGAAAUCCCAGUCUGGUGAACCCGGUUUUGAUCAUAUGA